ACGAGAGACAUGCGAGGGAUCACCUACACAAUACGCUCGUCGCUGUACGUCGCGGUGACCAACCGCUGCUCCACGACGAGUUUGAUAGCUUCAAGGGGUCCGGGCCUCCUCAUGCCGCCUUCUUUUCACCCCUUGCCGGCGGAUGUCGAGCCUUCGCCGGUGGAGAUCCUCCAAGACGUGACGGAACGGCUCAGUGGUAGCGGCGGCGGCAGUGGCGAGUCGCUCAGGGCGGGAGGCGGCCUUUUCGACGAGCUCGUCUUCGCGGGGGUGGGGGAGCCCCUGCUUCGGUGGCCUGUCGUCAGAGACGUGGUCAUGUCCCUAAGAUCUCGCCAUGCAAACCUUCUUCGACCGCGCUCUGCGGAGAACAGCAAGGUGGAUGGUAGCGGCGCCGACGCUACCCCCACCGGCGGCGCGGCGACAACACGCCCCAGCCAGGAUGUCGUGAUGCCGAUACGUCUGGUCACCAAUGGGUUGUGGCCGGUGGUGGCGGUGGACGAACAGGUGGUCGGCCCGCCUUCCCCCGAAGCUGACACCUCCGGAUAUACCGGAGAGGCGAAGAGUAACGUUGAUCGGCAGGGUAGACGGAGAGUGGGAGGGGGCGGCGGCGCCGGGGGAGGCGGUUUCAAGGUCCGUGCGGCAUCGGGCACAAGCGGGGGCAUCGCGGACCGCAGCGGGUCUGCGGAGCGGGGAGCGGUAGCUAGCCCCAGCGCCGCCUCCGUAGCGAAGCAGAUAGCGGAGGUAUUCGAUUCGGUGUCGGUGGCGCUCAACACCGCGGACCCUGCACAGUACCAAGAGCUCAUGAAACCAUCAUUGGACGGGCUUGUGGAGGAAGGAGCAGGACCAGUAGCCCACGGUUAUGUGUGCGAUCUGGUAAAGGAGUGCGCGUCCCGGGGGGUGGCGACGGAGUGUACGGUGGUUCACCGACACGGGGUGGACUUACGGCGCGCCCGGGAGCUGGCGGAGGCAAUGGGGGCGUCGUGCCGAGUGCGGCCGUACGUCCCCCGAUGAGAAGCAUACGCAAGUUUGGCACUUUGAUCUACAGCGAUGAACAACAUACAUAUGUUUAGUGUCGAGUGCGUCCCCCGAUGGCAUACACCAAAUGUUUUGUAAGAGGGUUCAGCAAAUCUUUUUUCUUUAGAAAACAAGUUUUUUCUUUUCGUGGAGAUACAACCGCAGUCUUUGUUUUCGUCUUUUGACAACUCGCGAGUAGGCGCUUUCCAUCCUUGGAAAACCUAGUCUCCACUCCAGAGAUAUUCGAAACCACAAUCGCGGUAGUCAGAAAGUUAGGAGGCUAUGCCAACUGCGACCCUAGUAUGCAGCCCGCGAACUUUGUGAUUUGAUAAACUUCAGGUACCACUUCACCUUGUUCCACACGAAGGAGCCUUCCACGUACCCCUGUGUGCACGGCACACCCACCCCAAUGAGCAGCACAAAGGGCGCCAACAGAGAAAGCGCAACCGGAAUGCCACAAAUAGACACCAGAGGCUCCCACGCCCUCCUCCUCUCGCACCCAACUUCGUCACAAACAAUAACAAAAUAAAACAGUUCAACCACCCAACCGAUCACAUUUCACCGUCAAACCAAUCCGUCGUACGGACCUGUGCAGCCACCUGCUCAAGGAUAUGAACCAACAUCAAAACCACGCGCGCACGCACCGACUAGAUUAACAAAGCAAACCGGCUUGAAACGACACAACCACCAAACGAUCUUGUUGAGCCUGUUACCCACAAAGGAGGUAUCGCUGCAUGCUGUUCGGGGAACCGUAGAAAUACAGGUGGUGUCAUCCGCGAACGCCAUGUCUAGAAACCGGCGUGAGUUUAAUUUCCGCCCUUCGUAAAGUGAAACUCCUACGAGAUGGUGAGGGGAUAGAAUAGCUUUGCGUGCCACACAAGAUCCAAAAGUUACAGGACCUGAUGUAAAACACUUCCGAUUGAUGGAAAAAACAAGAGGGAUCCCAACAAAGUAUAACUCCGACUUCCGUAUCUCACACUCAUACCCUCGUCAUGUUGAGCAACCCGGCGUGAAAAAACAAACACACACACACCACGUUGUUGUUGCUGUUGUCU